AUGAGGGGACAGGUAGUGGUGAUAACCGGCGCCAACACCGGUAUCGGUAAAGUGAACGCCACUCUAUUCGCACGACUAGGCGCUAAAGUAGUGAUGGGCUGUCGUGAUAUGGCUAAGGCUCACAUCGCGGCCGAAGAUAUCCGUAGACUUGUGACCGAUGCGGACGUGGAGGUCUUGAAACUGGAUUUGUCUUCAUUAGGAUCUGUGCGACAGUUCGCCAAAGAGUGUGGAGAACGGGUGCAACACAUCUCACUUCUCGUGAAUAACGCGGGUCUUAUGUUUUGCCCGAAUUGGAGGACUGAAGACGGCUUUGAGAUGCAGUUCGGGACCAAUCAUUUGGGUCACUUUCUAUUAACUCUGCUUUUAAUGGAUAAACUUAAGUCAGCGCCAAAGGCCCGGAUCAUAAACGUGUCGUCCAUCGCCCACAUGACCGGAGAGAUCAACUUCGACGACAUUAACUCCAAUCAGAGUUAUAACAAAUACCGGGCUUACUAUCAGAGCAAACUGGCCAACGUAUUGUUCACUCGCGAGCUGGCCAGUAGGCUGACCGGCACACAAGUUACUGCCUAUAGCCUACAUCCAGGCCUUGUGGACACUGGGCUCUGGAAAUAUAUGUCCGGAUGCCUAAAGUUAUUGAACAUAAUGUUUAAAAGUAUUACAAACAUUGAGCCUGAAUUAGGGGCUCAGACCACACAUUACUGCGCUCUCGAGCCAUCCAUAGCCAAUGAAUCGGGAUUUUAUUAUAAGUUUGUGUUUAUUUGA